CGAGCGGGCGGCGUCAUGAGGCACCUGCCGUACUUCUGUCGCGGCCAGGUGGUGCGGGGCUUCGGUCGCGGCCCCAAGCAGCAGGGCGUCCCUACAGCUAACUUUCCUGAACCAGUAGUAGAUAAUCUUCCAGCUGAUGCAUCCACUGGCAUAUAUUAUGGUUGGGCCAGUGUUGGAAGUGGAGACGCCCGUAAGAUGGUGGUGAGCAUAGGAUGGAACCCAUACUACAAGAAUACAGAAAAGUCCAUGGAAACUAAUAUCAUGCAUACUUUCAAAGAGGAAAUUCUCAACGUGGCCAUCGCCGGCUACCUCAGACCAGAAAAGAACUUUGAUUGUUUAGAGUCACUUAUUUCAGCAAUUCAAGGUGAUAUUGAGGAAGCUAAGAAACGACUAGAUUUACUAGAACAUUUGAAACUCAAAGAAGACAAUUUCUUCCAGGUUCCUAAAAGCAAAAUGAUGAAUGGCCACUGAAGGAAAAGCAUCUUAUUUAUUCAUUCACUGUUUUCUAAUAUUUUGCUGCUCAUAACUCUACAGCUUCAUCUUGGAUAUAUUUUAAAAAUCAAAUGUUUUCCUACAGCUGUGAAUUAAACAGUACAAUGUAGUUACCAUAUUAUGUUCCAGCUAUUCAAUUAAACCCAUCAUGUUACAGUACUAAAGAGGUUCAUUUAAAAAAUCAAGAUUCUUUUUUAUGUAAUAUGUUGAUUAAAAUGUACCACUAGAAAGGUCUUAAGUGUUUUAUAAUGGAAAUGAAAUAUAUAUAAAUAUGGGUAACAGGCAAGUCACUAGUCUGAGAUGAGAACUAUAAUUCUCAUGGUAAAAUUCUAGCAUGCAUGUACCUGUAUAGCAUGCUCUGCUAAUCCGAAGGCUCAUAAAAGUAACUAUAUUAAGCAGAGGUUUGACAGUUUAUUACAAACCUAAGGGGAAAGAUCCAGACUUUGUAUUUUUGAUAUUUUGUGCAUUCAUAUAUUAUUAUAGACAUGAAGACUUGUGAAAUUUCAUUUUAGUUAGUCAUUUCCUUUAAGGGCUCAAAUCAUUGUACUGUGUUCCAUUUUUGUUACAGCUGCCUCAGUUCUAAUUGGUCUAGACUCUCUCCCUAUUAUUUUUUUGUUUUUCUUUUAAAACAGUAAAAUGAGUGUUUUUCGAAUCUCUGGUUCUCAUUUUUGUGUUGUAUAACACUUCUCUCUUUUUAAGAGUAGAUAUUCUUCAACAUUUUUCUUAACCUUUGUUUCCUGUAAACAAUUGUCAG